AUGGCCUCCGACGAGUAUGGAGGCCUUCUCAAUACGACUGCCCUCCGGAAAUUGUACAAAGUCGAACGGAACGUCAUCGACCCCGCAAAAGUGCACCGCAUCAACGACUUUUCCCGGCCUCGCCCGACUAGCGAUGACCUGGUGGCCGUGCUGAAGAAUGGGCACGCUCGAUUUGCCUAUGUCGACAAGACCUCACACAAGGCCUACCUCUACGGCGAGUUCUACGGCAUGAUGUUAUCCGCGGAAUUGGUGCAAAGCGGCAACAAGGUCCGCCGAUUGGUGGAUGAGACAUACCUCGUCGAGCGCGGAUUCACUGAAGGCGAGACGGUGGUACGAUACGAGAACGAGCACCCGCUCGGCGACCCGCUGGCCAUUUGCCGCGAGACGAAAAAGGGACAGCUGGGCAAGAUUAUUGCCUGCAAACGCCGUGGCGAUGUCAUCGGUCUGCCCGACCGCAGCAAGGUCGCGCACAACAUCGACCUGGGCAACGUCGAGAUGGUGCUCCCCAUGUUCGAAAUCUACAACCGCAACGCGCCGCACAACUACGUGAUGUACAAGGACUGGAUGGGCGAUAUUACUAACAUGACCACCGAGGUCACGCUACUCUACAACAAGCAGGCUUUCAUUCUACUCGACGAUUGCCGCGUGAACAUCACGAGAAGACACAACGUCGACUCGCCGAAGUACUGCGUCCCCGGCGAGAUCAUCAAGAUUUCCGUGGCUGAUGCCUUGUCGACGAAAAAGUGCACGUGGCCAAAUGGUCCACCACCGGCCCUUCGCUCAUCGCGCCGCACCACCGGAACCAGGCUGAUUACUGUCCGCGUUCUAAAGGUCGAGCCCGCUUCGCUGAAUGUGCGCUGGAUACACUCGCCAGUUUCCGUCGAACGGCCCGAGCGCGUGAUCCCGAAGGAGAAUUUCCAUUUGUUGACCCGCAUCAACAUGAGCACCAACUACGUGGCGUCAGCCGACCGCGUGAUGGUGCGGCUCACCGACGCGGACCAGGCCACCACUCUUACCAACUACAAUCGCAGCAUCGACGAGGACUACCGCUGCAAAUUUGAGCCGUUACCAACAGCCCACAAGAAGCCCUCCACCUCAACGGACGGGCCGGUGUCGAAAAGCGGAAGGAUGGAUGUUGGCUUGGAAGAACACGCUACCCCAUCGGCACAAACUGCCGUCAAACUCGAGGCCAUCCCCGAACACCCCGCCGAAAUCGAGGAAAUGGACACCACCGCCUCGACGCUACCCGAGACACGCUCGCGGAAGACCCGCUAUGGUGCCCGGAAAAAGCGGCGGAUGGCCGUCACCCGGGCCACGGACCCCGUGCACAAGACGAUGCGCUUCCGGCCCGCCAAGCAGGUCUUUGGCGACACGUUCAUUGGAGAGGUGCUGAUCACUCGCUCGCUGUUCGACGUCGAGUGGAUGAACGGGACGAUCGAGCGCGACAUCCCCGGCUACAACCUGGUGCCCAUGGACCCUGACCUUGAUCAGGAGCAUCAUCUGCCCGAAGAGGUGGUCGCGAGAAAGGAGUCCCCGGAUGAGACCGAAUUCGGCAUCAUCCUAUCGACGGACCAGCAGGAGCGUUGCACCCAGGUCAAAUGGUUCAAGGAUGUCGAAGGGACGCCCGUCGAGACUGGCAUCGAGACGUGCACCCUUUUCGACAUUAUGCCCCACACUCGCCUUCAAAGGCUGCACGUUGGCUCCCUCGGAGUCGUGCUGGAGCACCAGUCGAACGAGCUGCGCGACAAGGUCUUCCAGGUCAAGCAGCACUUGCAGACCGGGAAAUCGAGGGUCGUCUACCUGAAUGGCGAGCACGCCGAGCUGUGGCCCAGCCAGAUGGAGCCGUUCUUCAUGGAAGAGGACAUCAUGGACAACGCCAACCCAUUCUUCGACGGCGAGGACUACGACGAGGGUACGAGCGCGACCCGCUCGUCCGGCGAGGAGAGCAGCACCGACGGUGACGACACGGACGAGGAGAGAGGCUGGCGGCCUGUAGAAGCUGUCGUCCCGCAGGAGCCGCUCUUCCCGGGCGCGUACGCGACGGAUCCGUCGCUUCAAGAGCUCCUCGACCAGUACCUGAGCUCGAUCCCUGAGCACGAGGCCAAGGGGCUAGUGAACUUCAAAGCAUCGCCACCCCCGUUCGUCUUCAUGAACUGCACCGGACCGUUCCCGCGCAUCCUGGCGAGUGGCGCCUACGUCAACGAGGUCGUCACCACGCCGCACAUGUACCCCGUCACCAUCGAGCACGUCAUGGAGCGGUCCAAAUUUGCCGGCUUUGCUGCCAACUUCAACGAGCCGACGCUGCUGCUCUACCUCUGUUCGUACGCCGAACUUCAGCAAUACCCAAUCAUCGGCCCGCUGCGUGCCCUGUUGCGGCUCUUCGACGCCCUCCUCGCCGUCGAUCCGAUGGUCGAGCCGGGCACGCUACAGAACAUCUUCAAGACGGACACGCUGUUCACCGAGGCGCUCCCCACGGACUUG